GAAUUGGAAUCUGUUCAAAUUGGGUAUAGCCCGAACAACCGAAUUUUCGUUGGUAUAUAUUUUCAGUUUAUAAUCCUACCGACCCAUAUCCGAAUUAGUUUCAAGAAGAAUAUCUUCCCUUGUUCAGCUCCGACUAUUCUAGUCGAGAAACGUACUAUUGGAGCCUCUAGCGCGUUAAAUAUUCCUUCUCCCGCACCAUUAAUUGAAAGGGGCACAGCAGGUGAAAUUUGUCUCACUCAAUACUCUGGAAACUGCUUCAGGCACAUCAAAGCGUGCGCUCAGAAACAAUAUUUAUUUGCUUUAUUUGGACAAAAAAGGUUAGGUCGUGAAGAACAUUAAAAUAUAUUUAAUAAAGUAUUUUACAUUUAAUAAGAUAAUUUCUUCCAAAAUGUUUCGCUACCAUAUUUUUUAAAGAAAGUUCUCCACAAUUACACAACUCUCUCUCUCUUGCAUGCCUUUUGUCUCUACAAACAAGUGGAGAGACCAGACAACAUGUAAAUUGCAAAGAACUUUCUACUUAAUGUGUAUAUGCAAAUUGUUUUACAAAACGAAGAAGUUUCCAUGUAAUUGCGAACAUUAGGUGAUUGAUUGUGGGAACGUCAUAAGCUUUUAUUUUUUUAAUCAUCCAACCAAGCUGAUUAUGGAUGUGAGUUUGGUUUGGCGAGAGGAAUUCCAAAUUUCAACUCUGCCAUCAAGUCAAGCUGAACACAGCUGUGAGUUCAGACAGAGACUGUUAGCUUAAAGAGCCAAAGUCACAAAACAUCGGCUUUCACAUCUUUCAGGAAAAAUCAAUUGUACCAGGAUCGUAUCUAGGAUUAUUGACAAAAGAUAGGACUUCAAAUGAAAAAAUUCCCUAGCAGGCCGAUGGCUCGGGGCGUCUCUCAUCGUGAGCCUGAGAAAAUUUCAAAACGGGUGGGAGAAGGGGCCGUUCGUUUGUUUCCCGCGCCCACUUGGUGCCCUUUCCUCCCCCGUUUUCGAUGGCCCUCGCCUUCUCCACCUCCAUUUUCCCUUGCAAUUCUUCCUCUUCCACUGAAUUCCGGGACUCUUCCUUCCGCUUCCCUCUCUCUUUCCAUGGAAGUCGGUCGUCGAUAGUCUUUUCAGACUCCAAGGCCUCCACCGUUCCUCUCCGCGCAGCUCGUGAGCUAAGGCGAAGGAGAUGCGCGGGGGAAAAGAAUUCGAGCCAGAAUUCGUCAGCAGGGGAAAUUUCACCAUUGCUGCCAUCAAGCUGCAGAUAUGUGCCCACAUGCAGUGAGUAUUCAAUGGCAGCUUACAAGAAAUAUGGCGUUAUUAAGGGAACAAUAUUGACUGCCUGGCGCCUUUGCCGCUGUAAUCCUCUUGGUGGAUCGGGAUUUGACCCACCAAGAUGGUUUGAUGAGCCAAGAGCACCACUUGAAUAGAAUCAUAAAACACGAGAGGAUAUUGCGUUUUAGGAGAUUAGGGAAGAAAAAAAGAAAAGGAAAAAAAAGGACAUUGAAUGUUUGGAAGGAAACACGAAGAAGUAAUAGAAAGGAUUGCGAACCAAAAAGCAUUUGUCUACACAUAGAGGAAAAAGGACUCUUGGAAAUCAAUGUACGGCAAGAAGAAGAUGGUCAGAACAACACCAAAUGCAGCAUGUCUUUCAAAUUCAUUUGGUUUGAAGAAAGGACCUCAAGCACCCAAAGCACCUCCGUUUAGAGAAUGCUAGGGAAUAAAUGAAAAUUUCACCUAUGCGGCUAUGCCUUCUUCUGUUCAUCUGGAAUGGAAAAUCCAUGAUAAUAUUCAGAUGUAUCAGACACUUAAGUUUCUCUGAUUCAGUAAAGACCGAAGUUUCUCUGAUUCAGUAAAGACCGAUGGAUGGUAUUCUUCAGAAUGAAGAAUAUUGGAGAUAAAUGCGCGUCAAGGCCAAGUUCACGCUCAAGCACCACGGCCGUGUGUGCACGUGAAGCAUUCAUGUGAAUGACAAGUGCACCGGAGAAGUUUUAUUUUCACUUCUAACUAAAGUUAGCCGUGCAAGUGCGAUCUAUUUGUUGAAUGCUUAAAUAAAUAAUUCUCUUAUUACCUGUUCAAGUCAGGUCAAUUUGUUUUUUGAAGAUUCAGAAUCAACUGUUCACAAAUGUCAGAAAUUUC